UAGCAUAUAAUACGCACACAAUUAUUUGGACUUUAAUACCAUACUCAUAUAAGUAGUUUCGGCUAGCUUAUACAUAACACGCACACAAUUUGGUCUUUAAUACCAUUGUUUGGCAUCUGUGAACAAGAUAAGGAUGUUAAUGACAAACUAAAACAUACGCAAACAAAUGUUGCGUUGCAAAUGUACAUAAUUUUUUUUUAUGCACAAUCAUUCUUGGUACUCUUAUUUGAACAGGUACUUUGGAAAAUCCUAUAGCACAGAAAGGAACCAUUAUGAAACGAGAUUUCUAGCCGGAUGUGUUUUGCGUAGGAGCUCGAACAUGGCGAUCCACUGUAGCAGAACAUGCUUACAAUAUUUAAUACAUCUGGCACACGACAAUGUUGACUUCAGGCUACCGGAGAUUAUGGCACUGCUGUCCCUCAGGGGCAAACAGUUUGAUCCAGGUGAAAACUUCGAAGAAAAGUCACCUUUCUGGCGACUGAAUGGUUUGUCAGAAGAAGAUGUGAAGAGCAUCAUGGCUCGAACUGUGUGUGCAAAGUCUGCAUUUGAGCUUUGGGGUCAUGGAAGAACGCACAGUGAACUCAGGACCUCACUCUUGAAAUAUCCAACUGAGAACAUGUCACCCUUCCUACAGAAAGACUCGACAUACAAAAUCAAUGUCUACACUUUCAACAAGACUCUAGAGUUUGAAGACAGAAUUAAGAAGAUAGAUGAAUUGGAAUAUCUCCCCUUUAAGGGAAGGGUAAAUCUAAAAAACCCUAAACACACAUUCUCAUUGUUGGAGGACUAUGGAAUGGACCCAAACAACAUCCCAGAAACGCCUCUCUACAUCUACUUUGGGAGAUGGAUUUCUGAUGGUCAGCGUGAGUUGAUUCGUUCUCACAGUGUGAAGAACAGGCACUUCAUAGGGAACACUAGUAUGGAUGCUGGGUUGUCUUUCAUCAUGGCCAACCAUGCCAGGGUCAAAGCUCAUGACCUGGUCUACGACCCCUUCGUAGGGACAGGAAGCCUGCUGGUUGCCUGUUCUCAUUUUGGUGCUUAUGUCUGUGGAAUGGAUAUUGAUUACAACACCAUUCAUGGGAUGGGCAAAGCAAGUCGCAAGAACCAGAAGUGGAGGGGUCCGGAUGAAAACAUCAGAGCCAACCUGCGUCAGUAUGGCUCAGAGAAGCUGUAUGUGGAUGUCUUAGUUUCUGAUGCCUCAAAGGCUGUCUGGCGGGACGGGGUACUCUUUGAUGCCAUCGUCACAGACCCACCUUAUGGAAUUCGGGAGUCGACCAGGAGAACAGGCUCUCAGAAGGACAGUGUAAACAGUGUGAAGCCGUUUGAGGACUAUGUUGGAGACAGCCAUGUCCCAGUUUCCAUGGCGUACCACCUGAGUGACAUCUUUACUGACCUAUUAAACUUCUCAGCUCACCACCUUGUCAUCGGUGGGCGUCUUGUCUACUGGCUACCAAUCUACAGGCCAGAGUACUGUGAGGAGAUGGUUCCGCUGCACCCCUGUCUCAGACUGGUCAGUAACUGUGAACAGACCCUGUCCAGUCACACGUCCAGACGUCUCAUCACCAUGGAGAAGAUCAAGGAACCAGAGGAGACCGAUGCACUGGCCCACCUGUCAGACCCUCACUUCAGCGUGUACCAAGGCCACAAUGCCUUCAGGGAAAAGUAUUUUAGUGGCAUUAGCAAAAGGAUGUUGACAGGGAAGGAAGAAACCAACAAGAUUGCCAAUGGUGGGGAGUGAUGGCUCAAUCAUGAUUUGGCUCAAUUGCCUGCAUUUCUCUUUGGCUUGCAAGUUUCACCAUUCCAAUGAAAUCCCCUCAGAUCUCCUUCACAGUGUGAAGGUUCUAAGGUCCAUUUGGAGUUGGGCCAAUACCUGCCUAUGGGUUUACAAUGGACUCCGUGGAGACAGAGCUCCCUCUUUCAAAUGUCACUCAUUUUCUAUUAAAAUAUAUUUUUAAAAUGUU